CGUCGACCGGAAAACCUUUCGCAUUACGUCACCCUUAGACGCGCAGCGCGCCAUCGUCGGCGAGGGAUCGCAAGGGGGUUCGCGACCCCUUGAUCCGAUUCUUCUUCCGGUUUCGAGAAAAACCGCGAGUUGGCGAGUCGCCGCGUUCGCACAGUCGCGUCGUCUCUCCGCUAGGACAUACCGAACGAUCGUAAGAGAAAAAAAAAACACGAACGAUCUAUCGAGGAAUACAUCGUAUACAGUGCAGUGGCGACAAGAAAAUCAUCAAUGGAUUCGCUCCGAUUCGCGGAUCUCGUCGGGGCCUGAGAGUGAUCUGAUAUGAAGGCCGAUCUGUGACCGGUGAAUGAGCGCGUCGCGCGUGUAUAUGAGUGCGUAAUCGACGAGAGAGAGAGAGAGAGAGAGAGAGAGAGAGAAAGAGAGAGCGCAAUCAAAGCAUCAUGACAAGUGAUAGCGCGAGACACCGGAGCGCGCGUUUUGCGCUUUCCGCGACGCUCCUCUGCAUCCUCCUCGUCGCCGUCACCGGCGUUCGCGGGCUGAGCAAUGUGUCAAUCCACAUACCAUUGGCAGUGGCAGCUGGCACGACGGUCAACAUGUCCUGCAUGUACGAUCUACAAUCGGAAAUCCUUUAUACCGUCAAAUGGUACAAGGGCUCGGAAUUUUUUCGAUAUAUCCCCAAGGAGAUGCCGCCAAUCGGAGUGUUCGGAGAGCUCGGCGCGAAAGUUGUGACAAAUCGGAGCGACGCGCAUCGAGUGGUCCUGAAGGAUGUGCAACCCAAUCAUACUGGCAAAUAUCGCUGCGAGGUCUCCGGAGAUUCCCCCACAUUCAGCACUGUAAUGGUUGCCGCUUACAUGCACGUAGCUAGUCUACCAAACGGCGAUCCUCAACUGCGGGUGGAGAAGACGCGCUACGCGGUCGGCGACACUGUACGUGGAAACUGCACGGUACCGUCGGGAAAUCCUCCGGCUAACGUGACGUGGACUGUCAAUGGGACACCGGUGAACUCGAGCUUUAUCAUGAACAUCACGGACAAAGUCGGCGACAAUCAGCAACAGAUGACGGUCGCGGGAUUGGAUUUCGAGACUAUGCAGGAUAACUUCAAUAGCGGCAGGUUGCACAUCGUUUGUCACGCCAACGUCUUUCAUCUGUAUCAGAAAAAGGCCGAUGUACUCUUGACCGAGGAGCGUCCAAAGCUAGCUUCUGUGUUGGGAACACGGGAAUCCUCCUACAUUGGUAACGCAGCGAAGAGCACAGCCGAGUGUUUUUACAUCAGCGCUAUAACUACACUGCUGUUGUGCAGCCUGAGAUAACAUCGAUGAAUCCGCAAUACGUUUUACGCGCAAGAUUGUAUCGAGACGGAGCGGGAGUAAAUCGUUUGUAAAA